AUGCGCAGCUUUUCUCAAGCAUUGACUCGUGUUCUUUCACUGUCACUACUCGCUCCAACCGCCUUUGCCCUCUCGUCAUGGUAUACGGAACCAGGCGGCACUCCUGCUGGAUCGGACAAUGGAGAUAAAGUCAGAGGCGUCAAUCUUGGCGGCUGGUUCCUCCUAGAGAACUGGAUGAUGCCCAGCUUUCUCAAGACAGAUAUCGUCAAGGACACCUACAUCAACGACGAGUGGUCCUAUUGUCUUGUCCUUGGACAGGAUGAAUGCAUGACAAGGCUCGAAGCACAUUGGGACAGCUACAUCUCCGAAGAUGACUUCAAACGUUUCGCCAACUACUCCCUCAAUACUGUUAGAAUUCCGAUGGGCUAUUGGGCCUGGACCGCUGCUGACCGUUGUGCUCAGUUGCCCUACCUCGAGCGAGCCCUCAACUGGUCAAGCCGGUAUGGUCUCGACGUCAUGUUGAACCUCCACGGCUUGGCGGGUGGACAGAAUGGGCAAGACAAUCAAGGCUACAAGGGGCCCAUCGAGUUUCAGCUCAACACUACCAACAUGGACCGGUCUCUUGAGGCCCUCGCCAAUAUGCCCCCGUUCGUUAUGCAAGAAAAGUGGAAUGGUGUGGUCAAGGCCAUCGAGCUCACAAAUGAGCCGUAUAUUCUCGAAUACAGUAGUGAGGGAAUGAGCUUUGAUGACCUUGCCGAUUUCUAUGUCCAGGGAUAUAAGACUGUCAGAGCCAAUGAGAAAAUUAUUUAG